GUUGCUCUGGAGGUGGUGCUCCACGUGGAUGACGUGUUUUUCACACUUCUCAUGCCUUACAAGGUUGUGUCCACCCUGGAGCGAGUGGAAGAAGUGACAGUGAAGCUUGCACGGCCGUGGAUGUCCUGUGUGCGGCACGUUGGCGUUGUGACCUUUAUGGUGAUGGUGGUACUAACCUCGCACUUCUUCCUGCUGCAGCCCAUGGUCGAUAGGAUGCAAGAGACAGCGGAUGCCCUAUGCAGCGGGCACACAUCCUUCAGUUUCUUCAGGGACGCAGCGGGCUUUGUGUUCAUGAGAGAAUACAGCGCCACAGCUUCCGAGCAAACC